AUGAGAUGCGUGGCUCCGUGGGCUCGAAGACCCAGAUAUCUUCCUUGCGUCACCCUGAUCGUACGACCAAUCUCUCGGUAUCAUUCAUCCUCAUCCAUUGAUACCCUGACUAGCUCCAAAGCCAGUACUGAGUCCAUCGUCCCAUCUACCUCACAACUGCUUCGGUUCAGUAUUACCGCCUCAAGCAGAGUAGGUGACAAUAACCACAGUAAAGCAAUACGCAGUCAAGUUAUCAAGCUCCUCGAUGCUGAUUGGAACUUGGGUCCUCCUGCGGCCUUGUGGCUACCCCUCAAAGGUGUCCAACCAAUAAACCAGCGACAAGGUACUUUGUUGCUUAGCUCUGUGGUGGAUGUAGCAGCUUUGAAAUCCGUUAUUGAAAGAAUGGUCAUUCAUUCGGAGGGAGCUGCCCGGCUACAAGUGAACAAUUGUAUCGUUCUAGGGAAUGCGUUACAGCGCUGUCAGUCUCACAACACAUAUUCAGAGAUUGUUGCAGUAUUGAGCGAUAUUAUCGCGAGACUCGAACGGCUCAAACUUCCUAUAUACUCUCAGCUCUGUGAGCUUGGCAUCUACUAUGCAGCGCUAGACCUGUCCAUUCCCGCCCUACAUCAGUUUCUCCGCGCAUGGCAACGAAAAACCGCGAAGCGAUUGACCUUCGGGGAUCGAAUUGUUCAAGCACUGACAUCAGCUGUCAAUGCAAAAUUCUUCGAAACCCCGAAUUAUGACCCUUCACCCUUGCUCGCCGAACUUACAGGUGAAGGGGGCGUUCCUUCAGAUAUGCAUACUAUCUUGUAUCAGUCGCUUCACCAAAAUCAGCAUGACUUCGCUGCACUUCUCCGCCUUCUGGCUGGAAUCGGUAGUGACGAGCCAUUAUAUGAGUUCUGGGCUGCAUUCUUGCAGACAUUCGAUCGCAAAGACCCCGAUGCUUGCCGCUCUGCUUACAGUGUGGUUUUGAUCCUGAUCAAAUCUGGGCGUUCAGAAACAGCCCUAGAUUUCCUGGAAGAUAUCUCUAAGCAGUGCAAUGGCACAUUGCCCCAUAUCAAGAAUUCACAUGAUCUACAAACUCUAUUCCAGGAUCCUGUUGUCGGGAGAUCGCUGGCCAACUUGGUCAAUGAUGAGUGUUACAAAACGCUGCUGGAAGCGGGAUUCGCAAGUAUGGAGCAGAGGCUAGGCAUCACAUGGCAAGGGACUCGAGAAAAACCAAACAGCAAGGCACAUUUUGGUGUAACUCUGAAUUCUUUAUGGGCUACCUUGACGGAUCAGCCGCUACUAACUAUCGAUGGUGAUUGCGCGGGAUAUGACGAUAUCACCCGAUUUUAUCCUGAACUUCAAGCCCAUGGGUGCUCCAAAUCUCGUCAGGAGCUCGGGCAAGUUGUUGAUUUGCUCAAUGAUCAUGAUGGCGAUGUAUACAACGUGGUGGUGCAGCUCAACCUAAACGAAGAACAGUGGAAAUCCUUCCAAUCCGAAUUUCCUUCUGCCGAGUUUCGGUGGUGCCCUCAACGGUCACCAAUAGAGUUCUCCGACUCCCCACUCCCCACUUUGACAGACCAGUCUGAGCAAUGGACACCGGCUUCGCUCGGUUUGAUGCGGGCUCGCCCCUAUGUCAAUGGAGAGCCCCAAGCGGGGGCCAAUGGCUUGCAUUUGAUGCAGUUGGGAUACCUGGAAAUGCGGCGUGGUCCAAACGAGCCAUGGAAACCAUCCGGGUAUAUUGUGGCGUGGGAUCGUCAGUUUGGUGAAACCAUUGCUCUCUUUGUUGGGGAAUAUUCAGCGGUCAUCGGCCGUGGCGCAGCCUCCGCAAAUGCUCCAUUCGGCACUGUAAUGUCUAUUCGGCCAUUUGACAAGCCCCAUGUAUUACCCUUGUCUCCCGAUCGACAACCUCGUGUCUUCUCCGGUCGUUAUUACUUGGACGUUGAUCCAAGUCCAGAUUUGGGUCCGUGA